AUGGAUCAAGAGACAGCAAAGGCAUUGUUCGAAAAAGGAGCCUUUUUAUUAUUUUUAAAUGCUCCAAAAUGUCUAGAGUUUGGUAUUGAUCAUAAUUCAUGGAAAACAGGCCCAAAGUUUAUGGGAGUAAAACUUAUUCCUCCUGGUUUACAUUUUGUUUAUUACAGUACAUCUGACAAGUCGGGAAGUUCUGGAUUAAGAUCUGGGUUUUUUAAAUUUUAUGAAUAUAAAGAGGUUUUUAUUGUAGAAUGGGAUUAUAUCAUAGAAGACAUUAAAUUUGAAGAUGAACUUGAUAACGAUCAAAAUGAAAGAUUAAAAUCAGGAGCAUAUCCUCUUGUGCCGCCAACAAAUUGGCAAAAAUGGAGAAAUUUAACAAACUAUAUCACACCUCGACUUAUUUCUAUGAUACUGACAAAUAAAGGGAGAGUCACUAAUACUGCAUCAUCAACUGUUGACGAAGAAGAAUUACAGCAAAUUGAUAAUAUUUCACGAUUUGAAAAAGAAAAUGAUAAAAUAUUAUUUACAAAAAUAGAUUUUAAAAGAAGUUGGAGGCCUGGUGCAGUUGGAAUGGAAGUGACUAAAUAUAGUCAGGAUAAAAGUUGGUUGUUAAUUAACCUUUUACAAAAAGUUUAUAAUAAUGAUUAUAAAGAAGUUUUGGGAGAACUUCAACUUUCUUUUGUUUGUCUACUUAUGGCACAAAAUUAUGCAGGACUUAUUCAAUGGAAAAACAUUGUACAAUUGAUUUGUUCAUCCAAGGAGGCACUUGAAACUUAUGCCGAAACAUUUUAUAAUGAAUUUUUUGAUGUAAUUCAAUUUCAACUUGAAGAAUGUCCAAAUGAUUUUUUUGAAGAUUUGACAUAUGAAAACAAUUUUUUAAUUCACGCUAUUAAGACAUUGCAUUCUAACAUUAUUGAUAUAGCAAAUACCAUGGAAUUAAAUUCAUUACAAAGGCCAAAAAAACUCCAUGCAUUAAAAAGACGUUUGGAAAAAUUUAGAGGAUUUGUUAAUAAAAAAUUUAAUUGGGAUAUAGUUAAAUAUAAAAACGAGGGUGGGAUUGAGUAUGAAAAUUAUGAAGAGUAUACCGAGGAAGGAGAGUAUGCACCAGUAGUAGUGGAACUACCAUAA